AAAACAAAACAAAACAAAACAAAAAAAGGAGGGGUGAGGAAGUAAAAGAGGCGUUAGGAAAUGGGCAAUUAAAACCGACAGAUCCACUAAUGAAAAAAAAAAAAAAAAAGACCAGGAGCAGAGGGGCUCGGUCUUGUCAGCUUCGCACAGUCAUUAGCCGGUUGCUUCAAGGACCGUCGCUGCCCGGCGGAGCCUGAACACCGUGCGGGCGCUGCCGGGGGUGCCCCAGCCCCGCUGCCGGCAGUGCCCGCCGGCGGCGGCGGGGGAAGACAGGUCGGCGCUAAUACCUCUAACGACAUCAGCGCCGCGAUUUGUUUUGAAUGUUCACUUUUAUUGGUGUUCUCCCUUUGCCAAAAUGUGCUUGAUUACAUAGAUGUGGUGCCGUGAUAACUGCGCACCCUAGACAGCCUAGGUGUAACCGGGAAAGUUCAGCCCAGGCCAGAUCAAAUCCCAGGCUGUUUAAUGCUGAAAGGCUGCAUGUUGCUAUUAGUGUUAAAUAUAUGGCUAAUUAUGCGUAUGAAAAUUAAACAUCAGUGUUAUGCUAAUGGGGCCGCCUUCAGCUGUGGAUCAGAGCACUUGAGACUAGCAUUUAAUCAAAUGAAUCAGUAACUAAUACAUCUGCACGUGUGAACUUUCACAAGAUCAUUUUCCUGUUACAGUCACACCGCUGAAUUAUGAAAGAAAUAAUUAUCAACACUUUCUAAUUAUCUAACAAAGUAAUUUGGGAUUCAUCGUGGGCUUUCUGGGGAGGAUCUCCCAAGUCCCACCUCAUUUACCGCUCACGCACGCGGAAGUUUUCAUUUUAAGCUCAAAUGCGCCGUUUGACCCAUUCAUGGCGAUUUUUGUUUCGUUGGCUUUUGGGGUUUAUUUUUCCCUUGUAAGAACAAUAACGGCAAUAACCGGGCGACGCGCUCCGGAAGGUGCGGGCCGCGCUGGGACCCGCGGGCCGGAGCGGAGAGCCCCUGCGGCCGCGCAGGGGGGGACCGCCCGUUUUGUCUCCGGGUCCCGCCGCCGUCUGCCGGAGCGAGGGCCGAGCACCCCGGCAGCCCGGCCGGGACGGCGGAUCACGGCUGCCGUCCCCUCCGCGCGGCGAGGGGCGGAGGAGAAGGGCGGAGGGAGAUGCACUGCCUUCUGCCGAGCUGCGGGUCGGCGCUCUCCGUCGCCGGCGGCGAGAGCGGGCGGGCGACCCGCGAUGGGAGCGGCGGGCCGGGGGCCGCCCGUGGAGCGGUUCCGGGCAGCCGGCGGAGCGGGGCGGAGGCCGCCGAGCGGUGCCGUCGGGGCGUGCGGCCGGCGCUCGGGGACGCGCGGCGCUGCCAGUCCGGCUCUCCGCGCUCACCGGGGUCCGGGCGAGCCCCGAGCGCCUUGGACCAAUCCAAAGCGAUUAUGCAAGACGGCGGACCAAUCAGCUCCGCCACCUCAUGAAUAUUCAUAGACUUGGCUGAGUCAAAGCUUUUAGGCGAGUUUGUGUAGAUCUACAGCAUCAUGCUUAGACUUUUCAAAGAGACAAACUCCAUUUUCUUAUGAAUGGAAAGUGAAAAACCCUGUUCCGCUUAAAUUGGGUUCUUUCCUGUCCUGAGAAACACAACAGACCCCAAAAAGGCAAGCUGAAGAGAGAACACACACACAGACCAAGCGACAAGAAAUGACCAUGACUACCAUGCCAGAGAGUCUAAAUAGCCCCGUCUCAGGGAAGGCUGUCUUUAUGGAGUUUGGGCCGCCCAGCCAGCAAAUGUCUCCUUCUCCCAUGUCCCACGGACACUAUUCCAUGCACUGUUUACACUCCGCGGGCCACUCUCAGCCUGACAGCUCGUACAGCACAGCUUCGUCCUUCUCCCGACCGCUGGGCUACCCCUAUGUGAACUCGGUCAGCAGCCACUCGACCAACCCCUACAUCAGUUCAGUGCAGUCCUACCCCAACAGCUCCAGCCUGACUCAGACCCGGUUAGAGGAGACAGGGGCCGAAUCGGAGAAAAGCACUGUGGUAGAAGGAGGGGAAGUUCGCUUUAAUGGGAAAGGGAAAAAAAUCCGCAAACCCAGGACUAUUUAUUCCAGUUUGCAGCUGCAGGCUUUGAACAGGAGGUUUCAGCAAACUCAGUACCUGGCUCUCCCCGAAAGAGCCGAGCUCGCAGCAUCUCUGGGACUCACCCAGACCCAGGUGAAGAUUUGGUUUCAGAACAAACGCUCCAAAUUCAAGAAGCUGAUGAAGCAAGGAGGGGCCGCCCUGGAGAGCAGCGCCUUAACCAACGGCAGGGCUCUCUCGGGCAGCUCGCCACCGGUGCCACCGGUGUGGAAUACCACCUCUGCCUCCGGUAAGGCCUCGUCGGGGACCCCGGGCACCUACAUCCCCAGCUACACGUCGUGGUAUCCUUCGGCCCACCAAGAAGCUAUGCAGCAGCCGCAGCUGAUGUGAUUAUAAACACAUUUUCCCCUACCGCAAGCACUAUCGGUCCCUAAAAGAAUUAAAAUUAUUACGGGGAAAAAAAUUAAGUAAAAUAAAAGGAAAGGGGAAAAAAAGGAAAAAAAAAAGAGGGGGAAAGAGAGAGGAAAAAAAAAAACCACAAAAGAAACCCAAGCAAACAAACAAACAGGAGGUCUCUUGCCCAUCCAGCCAUUAGGACGCUGCACUGUAGCUCGGUGCAGGAGAGCACAGAUGUGAUGCGGGCCGGUUCCCACCGCUGACAGCUGACGGAGCGGCCCCGAGCACCGCACAACAGCCUGGGAGCAGAGCGAGCGCCGGCCGCGGCUUUCUGGGACAAUCAGAAAAAGAUGUUUGGGGGGGGGGAAACCCUCUCCUCUGUCCUGUCUGUCUGUCUGUGUCUGUUGAAAUGUAGGUCAUUUAUUUACUACCCCGAUCUGACGGUCUCUUCAAUUGCAAGGGGGAAGGAAGCUGUACGAUUUCCAGAGCUUCUUUCCCUCGACAUUUUCUGUACCUUUCACUACUCAUCUGUAUAUUUUUUGUUGUUGUUAAAAGGGGAAGACAGGGGUUAUAUUUAUUGACUUAAAUUACCACUAUGAGAGUGCUAGAAACAGACGGACAAUCCGGCUUGCUGAGUGCACUGUUCGGACGCACAGUUUACUUUACACAAAACCACACACGGUCCCCCGGCCCCGGCCUCCUCCCCCCAAAAUAAAUCACCACAAGAGAAGGAUGCGAUUUUUAACUUUUACAAUAACUUUUAUACUUCGCUGGUGUGGAGAGGUUUGGUCCGAAAGAUUUGCAUUUCUCGCGUAUUCAACAAAGGAAAUAAAUGCACAUUGUUUGGUACUCUGAAGUGGAAUCGCAGCAGCUGCCGAGCGCUUUUGCUGAGGUGAAGCAAGGCGCGGAGGACGGAUCGAGAGCCCCGAGGGCGGCGGCGGCGGGGGGGGACCCGCCGGGCGGGCGGGCGCACCCGCGCAGCUCCGCGCAGCCCCGGCGAGGCUUCCCCGCGGCAAGCCGGCCCGAAGUCGAAAUGCACAAACCGACGUGCAGGAGCUACUCGCUGUACAUAUUUUAUUCUUAAUUAUUAUUAUUGUUCUGUAAACAUGUUGCACAGAUUUAGCCUUUUUUAAUUAUUAUUAUUAUUAUUAUUUCCGUUCUGUUUCGUGUGGCUGUAAAACAUGAUGCUUUGUGUACUGAGAUCUUGACAUUUUACUUGUGAAACUCGAAAGAUGUGAUAAACUGAGCUCGGCUGUGUUUAGUGUUCUAUAUGUCAAAGUUUAGUUUUAUAUUGAGAAUGUUAACUUAUUGCUUUGUAUCUGGGGAAGGAAAGAAAAGAAAAAAACAAAACACACAAAUCUUUGUACAUAAGUUAUAAAGUUUCUUUGAGACAGUAAAAUUAUGGUUUGG